AUGUCGUUCCCUUACAAGUCGGCGCUCGUGCUGGGUGCCACCAGCGGGAUCGGAUUGGAGAUCGCGCACCGUUUGGUGUCCCAAGGCGUCUUCACCAUCGUUUUCGAGACUGCCGCGAGCUUCGUUGACACCGUCACCAAGAACCACCCCGGCUUGCAAGCCUUAUUCCUCAACGCCGGUGUUCAGCACGUCAUGGACGUCAGCAAGCCUCACACUGUCGAGAUCUCGAAGCUGUCAGAAGAAAUCAACAUCAACUACUUGGGUGUAGUGAACAUUUUCAACGCUUUCCUUCCUUUUUUCCAGAAGAAGCCUGCCAGCGAGAAAUCGGCCGUCAUUGUCACUACCACUAGCUUGGAGACCGUCCCAUACCCCAUGGUCUUCGGUUACAGCGCCAGCAAAGCCGCAACUCGAUCCUGGAUUCUCAGCGCCCGUGAACAGCUGAAGGCAGCAGGUGGCCACAAGAUCAACCUCAUCGAGCUUUACACCCCGAUCGUGCAGACCGAGCUCCACGACAAGCAACCCGGCUGGGGUCCCGGCCGCGAGACCGGCAUGCCCGUGAAGGAUUUCGUCACUGCCGCCUUUGAAGGCUUCGCGGCCGAGAAGGAGACCGUCGCCGUUGGUGAGCCCCAGAAGGCUAUGUUUGAGGAGUUCGAGCAGAAGCGCAACGAGCGCACUGGACCUUUCUGGGAUAUGGUGAAGAAGCACAACCCUGGUAUUCAUCAGUUGGACUAG